AUGCCAAUAUCAGCUCUCCCUCAGUCGACCGUACGCCUUCUUGGCUCCUCAGUCAUCAUCAACACCCCCUGCGACGUGGUUAAGGAGCUUCUCGACAAUGCCAUUGACGCUGGAGCCAGCUUCGUGGAGAUCUCAAUCUCAUCCAAUUAUCUCGAUACCAUCAGAGUCCGAGAUGAUGGCCGCGGAAUCGAUGUUGACGACUUCGGCUCUCUUGGCCGGCAAGCUCACACCAGCAAGCUGACCUCCUUUGAAGAGCUCGGAGUGGUAGCCAGAGAGACACUAGGGUUUCGAGGCGAGGCCCUUGCGGCUAUCAAUACGCUCGGCUCCGUCACUGUCACCACCCGAACGAUGAAUGAUGUUGUGGCAUCUCGAUUGCAACUCAAGGCUGCCGUUGGAGGCGUUGACAACAGACAACCAGUAUCAGCACCCGUCGGUACAACUGUUCAGGUCGCCAAGCUUUUCGAGAACAUGCCUCCAAGAAAGCAAUAUUUGUUGAAGUAUAGUGCCAAAUACAUACAAUCUACCAAGGAUCUCCUCAAAGGGUACGCAUUUGCCCGACCCGACGUCAGACUGUCAUUC